AUGUUGCUACAUCUGCAGUAUUAUCCUUUGGAGGUUAAGUAUGUCAAAGGAAAACACAUGUACAUUGCUGACACAUUAAGCCGUGCGUUUUAUCCCAAUUGCUCUAAAAAUUCUGUAUUUGUUUAUUACCUUGAAACUGUGAAAAAUGAGGCUACAACACUGAUCGGAGAUACCUUGAAGAUCACAGAAUACAGAUUGCAAGAGAUAAAAGCUCACAGUGGAAGUGACAGUAAUCUUCAAGCAGUUGCAAAAAUGAUCAGAGAAGGAUGGCCAGAUGCUAGAAAUAAAGCUCCUGAGUGUGCUAGAGCUUUUUAUAAUUAUAGAGAUGAACUGCAUACUGAAGAUGGUUUAGUGUUCAAAGGAAAUCGUUUAAUUGUUCCUAAGAGUCUCAGGAAACAGAUGUUGGACAUUGCACAUCAAGGACACAUUGGAGUGGAGGGUUGUCUAAGAAGGAUGAGAGAAGCGCUGUUCUGGCCAGGAAUGUCCUCGGAUCUGAAAGCAUUGGUUCAACAGUGUGAUGCUUGUUUGUCAAUUAGAGACCUUCCUCCUAAAGAACCGAUGAAAAGUCAUGAGUUUGCCCUUCGUCCAUGGUCAAAAGUAGGAGCUGAUCUAUGUCAUAUUGAUAAUCGGAUACUCCUUAUAGUAGCUGAUUAUUUUAGCAGUUUUCUUGGAGUAUCAAGAGUAAAUAAUACGACAUCGACUGCCAUCGUUAGAGAACUACAAAUUAUAUUUUCUCGUCAUGGAAUACCGGACCAGUUAGUAACAGAUAAUUGGCCACAGUUUACCACACCAGAAUUCCGUUCUUUUGGAAAGACAUGGUCUUUUGAACACAUUACUUCUAGUCCAAGGUAUGCACAAUCAAAUGGAAAGGCUAAGAAUGCCGUGAAAAUAGUAAAGAAAAUGUUCACAAAGUGA